UAUAUAAGCCUUGAACUUUUCCAGAAAACGCGAAGACAAGAAGGGUGAGCAACCUUAACAGCACAGCAAAACAAUUACGUGAGGCGAACACAACGCUGCUUCUGUUGCUGCGAUACCUUUGCAGUGAUUCCAGAGAAAAUCAAACCGCAUCUGCAGAUAGACAUCCAAGCUUAAUUCACUUUUCUACGAUUAGAGCUUGGCUUUGAAGAGGGAAUCUAGCCUAUUCAUCUGCAUUGAUAUAUAACGACAGCGAUUGAAUCAGCGUAGUUUCUGGUAGAAACCGGUGCAUCUCAAUAGCGUUGAGGAGGGAACGCGACAAGCAGCAGAAAGUGGGUGAAUCGUUAUCGUGUUUAAACGCGUUUCGAACGAGAAACCGUAUAAAAGAGACUGCGAAUAUCAGAUAUGCCGGAGAUGGCGAUGUCCCUUCUGAAAAUACCUAACGCUGGAGACAAUCUCCAGCGCUCCAGAUCAGCGGGAAAUGUAAGCGACUUGGAAUCAAGGAAAAAACCACAGAUUCAAGAUGGGGACACAUACGUGGUGCGAGAGUUCGUCCUUUCCCGCAAAGGUCUACUCGGACGUGGAGACUCUUUCAAAAGGCGAUCCAUUGCAAGCACGGACUCUAUGGAGAGUUUAAAUUCUCGAAAAUCCCUUGAUAUUAACACCAAUGGAUCAGCUGUACAGGCCACAGAGCCAACACCGAAACGAUACGUAUAUCUUCUAGGGGCUAGCGAAGUGGGGCGAAGCACUCUCGUUCGUCAGUUUGCCACGUCCAGAUCCGUGUGUUUAGAUUCUCCGACCACCCCCGCUCCAGAUAAAAUCCUUUCCAGUCCCUUCGUGAUGGGAGACGACCACGGUGCAUCGGUUGUGGUCGGGUUAGAUAACGAGGAAACCGAGAUUUGUUUCCUACAACCGCAGUCCAAUCUG